AUGAAGCUUUUCUCGCUCACUGCGGCCGUUUGCCUCUUGGCAGCGACAGCUCAUGCCAAUCACUGUCAGCAGUACACGGAGCAAAACGAUAUCGAUGAGUGCUACAUGAAGAUUGCUCUAGAUUAUGCUUUGUUGCAUAAUCCACGGUUCCCAUUCGGUGCAUUGGUGGUGGACCAUACCCAAAACGAGAUUUCAUGCUUCGGAGCCAAUUCCAACAGAAAAAACAAGUUGUUGCAUGGGGAAACGGCGGCGUUUUGGAAUUGCACAGAACUUUAUCCUUCCCCCACAAAUGAUGAUAUGUCUGAUCCAGGUUUGGACUGGUCACAUCAAACGCUUUACACCACCGGGGAACCUUGCCCCAUGUGUGCUGCUCAGAGUAUCUAUCGCGGUGUAGCGCGUGUCGUGUGGGGUACUUCGAUCCCUGAUAUUAACCGAAGCGGAAGACAGCAACUGAUGAUUCGCAUGGACGAUGUGAUUGCUUCUGCUCGUCUUGGCGGUAAUCGUCCCGAUCAUCGUGUGCCUGUCACUCAGGGAGGCGUUCUGAAGGAUGAAUGUGAUCAUGCUUUCUGGUGCUCGUUUUCCAAUUUCCGCGAUCAAGAGUACCACCAGUCCAUGAUAGAAGAAGACCAACAAGUCUUUAUCGCGAAACGGGACAAUGAUUAUCAGUGUGUGAAUGUGCCUUUCCGCAAAAAGCUGUAA